AUGAACAGUACUACAUGGAUGUUACUACUCUUCUCAUGCUACCAUUUGGCUUCUUCUUAUUUCAAUUAUUAUUACUCGUGUGAAGCCAACCAAAUCGAGUACCUGAACAAGUUGAUCAAGUCUCGAAGAUCUCAAAAGAAGGCUGAGUUAAUAAAUGAUGAUGAGUUGAACUUGAAGCUGGAAUAUGGGGAUGUUGAUUAUGUUGGAAACCAGCGGGGUCUGAAGAGAGCUGAUAAGAUCAAGCGUUUGCCAGGGCAGCCAGAAGGAGUAGAGUUUGAGCAGUACUCGGGCUAUGUCACUGUGGAUCCAAAGGCUGGUAGAGCAUUGUUCUAUUACUUUGUUCAAUCACCUCAACAUUCUUAUUCUAAACCCUUAGUAUUGUGGUUAAAUGGAGGGCCGGGAUGCUCAUCUUUUGGAUAUGGAGCCAUGCAAGAAUUAGGACCUUUCAGAGUUAACACCGAUGGAAAGGCUCUAUAUCUAAAUAAAUAUUCCUGGAAUCAAGUGGCAAAUGUGAUAUUCUUGGAAUCCCCGGCCGGUGUGGGAUUUUCUUAUACAAAUACAUCUAGUGACGUAUACAACUUCGGGGACAACAGGACGGCGGUGGACUCAUACAUUUUCCUUGUGAAGUGGUUAGACAGAUUUCCUGAAUACAAAACCCGUGAUUUGUUCAUAGCUGGCGAGAGCUAUGCUGGUCAUUACGUUCCUCAACUUGCUUACACCAUUCUCUCAUUCAACAAACAAACUUAUCGUCAAAACACAAUAAUCAACCUCAAGGGCAUUGCCAUUGGGAAUGCUUGGAUCGAUGAAGUAACUGGUCAACGAGGAAUGUACGACUAUUUUUGGACACAUGGGUUGAAUUCAGACGAAACCAAUGCAGGAAUACACAAGUAUUGUGACUUUGUUGAUUAUAACUCCCCUUGUAUAAAUUAUCUAAAUCAAGGAGAUGACGAGAUUGGAAAUAUAGACGUGUACAACAUAUAUGCUCCUUUAUGCAACUCAUCAAGAUCCAUAUCCCACUCGACUACUUCGGUGAAUGAAUUUGAUCCCUGCUCGGACAGUUAUGUUCGUACCUAUCUGAAUCGUAGGGAUGUGCAAAAAGCUCUUCAUGCUAAACCAAAAAGAUGGUCGAGUUGUGGAGCCGUUGGAUGGACAGACAGCCCAAAUACUAUUCUACCAAUUAUUGAGCAGCUUAUAGCUAAGGGCAUCCGUUUGUGGGUAUACAGUGGGGAUAUCGAUGCUCGAGUACCAGUGACAUCCUCCAGAUACUCCAUAAACACUUUAAAACUACCAGUUGUGAAUUCUUGGCGCCCUUGGUAUUCUAACAAUCAGGUUGGAGGGUAUGUAAUUGAGUACGAAGGAUUGACACUAAUCACAGUAAGGGGAGCUGGUCAUUUGGUUCCGAGCUAUCAACCAGAACGAGCACUGACCAUGAUCUCAUCUUUCCUUCAUGGCAAGCUUCCUCCUUCCUCGUGA